AUGCGAAAAACACUAUACGACACGUCCCACCGCCUAAUGCAUCAGGUGCUAGGGCUAUGGCCAUUUAGAGCACUACUGCUCUAUGCGGUGAAGCCUAUCAGACGAAAUAACACGUAUGCUCUAUAUGCAAUGCUAAGGGUAGACAUUAUACUAGUUCAAGAGCCUUUUAUUAUACGCGAUUCAGACGAAAUACAAUCGAUUUCCCACCCCUUAUUCACCCAACUCUUCCUAAAUAGGCCUAGCCUAGAUAUCACACCACGCACAAUGGCUUAUAUUGCCAGGUUAUACCGCCCUAGGCAGCUCUUACUGCCUCUCGAUUCGGUCUUUUGCGGGGACUUUAAUGCCUACAACCCGUGGUGGGACCCCCUAUAUAAGGCACGUGACGAAGAAGGCAACACGCUAGCAGACUGGAUUGACUACUAUGAUUUAGCCCUCUUAAAUACCCCUAGUAUUAGCACCUUCUAUCAUCCGCAUAUGGCUAGGCCGACAAAUAUCAACCUUACGCUAGCGCAUUAA